UAUCCUUUGGGCUAACUCGAGUCUAAUUUCAACAUUGAAACGGUUAGUUCAGAACCGGAGAAAAUGGCCGACCGACGAUGUGCCAUAACCGUCGUCCCUAACUUUAACUAAAAUUCAGAUGAAUCAUCGGAGAUGUCCAUUAUCGAUCCCUAGAUGGAUCUUCUCAAAGAAGAGUUUCUCAAGAAGCGGCAGAGCUUAGCUCAGGAUACCGGCGGCAAGCGCGUAUUCAAACGCUCCGAGAUAGAACAAAAGCAAAUCCAAAAGCUUCGCGAGCAAGAGAAACGCGAACUCGAAGCAAAAUCUCGCCCCCAAUCGACCGCGUCCCCCUCCAAUGUCGACUACGCUACUCCCGCCAAAUCGGAUCCAUCCGCUUCCAUCACCGAGUCCACAACCGCAACUACCACCGCGUGUUCCUCCAAGUCCCUCACAAAUGAACAGAACAUCGAUAACCUGGACCUUCCAAGGCAAGAAGUCAUUCGCCGCCUUCGCUUCCUCAAACAGCCUAUUACUCUCUUCGGCGAAGAUGACGCAGCUCGUCUCGACAGGCUAAAAUAUGUCUUGAAAGCCGGUCUUUUCGAGGUCGAUAGCGAUAUGACCGACGGUCAAACCAAUUAUUUCUUGAGAGACAUUGCGGAGCUGCGGAAGUGGCAGAAGGCAGGAAUUUCAAGCGAUAAGAAGAGAAAGGAGAGGGAAGAAGAGGGAGGAGGAGAGGAUGUAGAAGGAGGCGGCGGAGAAGAAGAGUUGAGUGGUGAUGGCGGGUCUAGUGGAGUCGAUAUGGAUAAGGAUUUGAAAAGAAUGAAGACGAUUUUCUAUGAGCUGUGUGAUGAAGAUAAGAUUCUGGUGUUUUUCAAGAGAUUGUUAAAUGAGUGGAAACAGGAACUGGAUGAGAUGGGUGAAUCUGAGAAGAGAACGGCGAAAGGAAAAUCCAUGGUGGCCACAUUUAAGCAGUGCGCGCGUUACUUAAACCCAUUGUUCAAGUUUUGUAGGAAGAAGGUGCUUCCCGGUGAUAUACGGCAAGCACUAUUGGUGGUGGUUGAGUGCUGCAUGAAGCGAGACUACCUGGCUGCCAUGGACCAUUACAUUAAGAUGGCUAUAGGCAAUGCACCCUGGCCAAUUGGUGUUACCAUGGUUGGUAUCCAUGAACGUUCGGCGCGUGAGAAGAUCUAUACUAAUAGUGUUGCGCACAUAAUGAACGACGAGACGACUCGCAAAUACUUGAAAUCGGUGAAAAGGUUAAUGACAUUUUGCCAACGACGAUAUCCUACCGUUCCUUCUAAAGCAGUUGAAUUCAACAGCUUGGCUAAUGGUAGCGAUUUACAGUCAUUGCUAGCAGAAGAAACGGAUUCCGACUUUUGUUCCUCGGAUGACAAGCCUAGGUUAAUGCCUGCUCCGAAUGACACCUAA